CGACGACUUAUAAAACUAAUUAUAAUAAGCUUUCGAUUUGGCCAGAAAGACUGAAGACGCAAAGAGAUAAGCCUUUGAAGCCUACAACACCCUCUUAACCAGAGACAUGAACAAGCUCAACUCCGCCAUCGCCAACUUAGAAGCUGAAAUCUAAUCAUUGGCUGACUAACUCGCUGCCACCCACAGCUCAUAAGAUGACAACACCGCCAGACAUGAAGCCAAGACCUAAUAAAGAGAUGACAGAAGAGCUGAAUGCUAAUAAGCUGCUUAUGAAUAUUAAUAAAGAAGAUCCGCCAGAGAUGCUGACAGACAAACUGUUUCUGACUUGAUUGGUCACUUGAACACCAACAUGAGAGACUUAAAGGAAUACAUCGCCAUGAGAGUUGCUGCUGGUGAUACUGAUUUGGGAUAAUGAGUAUAUAACAAUAUACCUAUUUUUACAUAACAGCUUUCCAU